AUGGCCGAUCACGUAGCGAACGAAGCAGUGGCCAACUCCCCAUCGGUACCAUCACCAUCGAACGAACCGUCGGUAGGCGAGUCGGAAGCAUCCCUAUUGCACCAAAUAUCCGUCAUCGAAAAGCGCAUCAAGGAAAUCGAACUGGAGCAAUCGGCCACCGCCAAACCGAUCCCACCAAACAUUCAAGCGAAACUGUACGCCCUGCGCAAGAUUCAGCUGGAAAUUGUCGACAAGGAGGUAAAGUUUCACUUGAAGGCACACGCGAUGGAAGUUGAAUAUCAGCCCGAGUUUAAUGAGUGUCAUGAGCGGAUUGCUCGGAUCGUGAAUGGGCUUGAUGUGCCGGAUCUGGUGGAAACGCAGGCCGCCCCGAACGAUGUGGCCGAUCAAUCGAGCGGCAUACCAGAGUUUUGGUUGACGGUGUUGAAAUCCAGCUUUCUUGAUCACAUGGUUCACGAAGCGGAUGAACCGGCCCUAAAACAUCUGCAGGACAUUCGUGUCCGGUUGGUAAAUGAACCGGAGCCUGGGUUCGAGUUGCAGUUUCAAUUUGGUCCCAAUGAAUUCUUUUCGAACGAGGUGCUUACCAAGAACUACUAUUUGCGCUGUGCCCCGAACAAGGACACACCGGCCAAGUUUAAUGGGUUCGAAAUCUACAACUGCAAAGGGUGUACGAUUGAUUGGAAACCGGACCACAACCUGGUGUCUGCAUCGGGGAAUUCGUUUUUCGACUUUUUCUAUCCGGAAAAGUUAAGCAAUGCCGAUUACGAUGCAGAGUUCAGUGAGUCAAUACUGGAGUGUGAUUUCCAGUACGGGUACCACAUCAAGGAGACGAUCAUUCCGCGGGCCGUGUUUCUUUUCCUAAAGGAAAACACCAUUCUUGGCGAAGAGGGACACUAUGGAUGCUGCUGUGAUCGGUGUGUUUACAUUGACUGUCUUGAUGAUUUAGUAGGCCAUCGGCCGCAUAACGUGGAAGACGAGGAGGAUCAAGCAGAUCUGCUAGACGCAGAUGAGGACGCUGAUGAGGUGCAGGAAGACACAAACUAA